AUUAUUUAAAUGCAUAAGUAAGUUAUCAAUAUUAGUUAGAAUAUAUUGUCACAUGCUUCGUCAUUGUGUUGAUUCCCGGGUCGAAUUACACUGAUUCACGAACUGCAAACACGGACCCUGGCCUAAAAAUAUUAGCAGUGAAGAAUAGAAAAUAAUGUGACAUGGAGUAUAACCAAUAUUUAUUUAGCAACCGUCAUAUGUACACAAACCUCGAGUAAGAGCUAUAGCAGGACGACAUUUGCCAAUUAUCGCUUAUACGUUGGUUCUAACCCCAAGAGCGAUAAAAAGUUUUGCGGUUUGUGCAUCUUUUCUAUCGUUAACAAACUACACGGUAUUCAUUUGUAAAAAUACUUUCACAAAUUCACUUGCUGUACACAUAUGGAUAAUUUUCUUUUCAUAAUUUUGAUAUUCUUGGCCUCAGUGCUUGUGUAUGCUGAUGGCGCAACGGGAAAUAAUGUUACAUCAACAAAACUUCCGAAUGGAUGUAUUGUGAUGAAUUCUACGGAGGCUGAUCCAAUGCUAAUCCACUUUGCUAUGCCGUUUCCAUUCGUGAAUUGUUCAGAUUUGAACAGGGAAGUAUUCAAUAUGAGCAGAUUUCCUAGCGACACUGCUAGCAUGAGUUUCGCUCACAACAAGCUACGGUCAUUUAGUGUGGACGAUUUGGCGAGAUUUACCAAAUUGGUAAAGCUAGAUAUACGCCAUAAUCAAUUGGAAAUAAUUGAAAUGUCAAAGGUCAAUCCACCAACGUCAGUGAAAAGUGUUCGUCACUUGUAUUUAUCGGCCAACAAUUUGUCAAAGAUACCGACGGAUGCAUUGAGAAGCUUUCCCAAACUUAAUGUAUUGGAUUUGGGUGGAAACAAGAUUGCAAAAAUUGGCGAUGCAGAUUUUGCACAUUCCCAACAAAUAAACGCAAUUUCACUGGGAUCAAAUCCUCUUGAAUCUAUAUCAUCUAAAGCUUGGGCAAACCUCACAAAAACUAUUUAUGCCAUUUCACUGCAAUUUGCUGGCUUGGAGGAGGUUCCGGGAUUCGUUGCUGACAUGCCAAGACUCAUGUAUUUGUCACUGGCGAAUAACAAAAUAUCAAAUGUUCAAGCAAACAGCUUCAAAGGAGCGAGUGGACUUCGCUGGCUUGAGUUAGCUGGAAACAAAAUUAUGCGAUUGGAUAAAAGGGCAUUCACAGGUGCUGAAAAGCUACGACUGUUAGAUUUGUCGGAUAAUUUACUGGAGACUUUGUCUCCUGGUGUGUUCGACUCUCUACAUGAUGAAGAACAAGUCAGUGUUGAAAUGUAUGAAAAUCCAAUACGAUGUGAUUGCAGCUUACGAUGGUUGAAGUUAUGGUCAGACAAUCUCCCAUUUCAAGACAUAAGAUACAAAUGUUUGCAACCGAAACGAAAUCACGGAAAGAAAGCUUAUGACAUUAAAGCCAGUGACUUCAGCUGCCUGUCUGAUGACGAAGACUGGGAUGCAAAUCAGGAAUGUACACAACCGCAACCACCUGUGUCAACGCCAGAACCAGUUCCAACAAAGUCAACUAAAGACUCUAUUUGUCCUAAACAAUGCAAAUGUUUUGAUGAAAAUGGGGUUCAGUACCAUCCCAAACUUCCGAGUAGUUCAUCGAGCAAAAGCAAAAAAUCAAGAAGAUUAUGGUGGCUUGGAAGGAUUGUUUUCCCGCAUGUAGACUGCAGCAAUGCGGGACUCACAGCAUUACCAGAAGGUAUCAGACUUGAUGUAAAGACUCUCACAAUGGCAGAGAACAAAUUAAGAACAUUGAAAAUAGCGGAUCUCAAGAAAUAUAAAUCAUUGGAAACUCUUGACUUAGAAGGUUGUUCUUUGAACAAGAUUGUUCCAGAUAAAGACCCCCGUUUCCGAUUCGAAAAUAUGACAUCUAUUUCUAUCCAUCAUAACAAUUUGACAUCGUUUGGGGCAGAACAGUUACACUGCUUUCCAAAUUUGAAUCUCCUUCGAAUGUAUAAUAAUAAAAUAAAUUCCAUGCCAGCCGGAAUGUUUCAGAACAACAGACGCAUUAACAGACUUUAUAUUGGACCGAAUCCUAUAAGAAAUUUCGAUCCAAAAUGCCUUCAAGGACUUGAUUUGUACUCUUUAUCCCUUCGUAACAUGAGCCUUAAAAAAAUACCUGAUUUUCCCUCAAAGUUCCAGAACCUUACCUACUUGGAGCUGAGCGAUAAUCUUAUUACUACAAUUCCAAACAACUCAUUCGCAAAUAUGGAUCUUCUCUUUAGACUGACUCUUGAUAACAACCUCAUAAGCAACUUAGAGGCUGACGCUUUCAGAAAUUGUAAGAAGUUGAGAUACCUUGAUUUAUCGGAAAACAAUAUCCGUACCCUUCCGAAAGGAAUUUUUGAUGAUCUGGAUAAAGAUAGAAUUCAUAUUGAACUUUGGAUAAAUCGAAUAAACUGUGAUUGUAAAAUGAAAUGGUUUAAAGAAUGGAUCGAGAGGCUGGAGGACACAAAUCCAAUGACUGAAAUCAGAUUUUCUUGUAUGACACCGCUACGAAUACAUGGAAAAGUAUCCGAUAAAUUAAGACCUAUCGACUUCACUUGUGAUUCAACAGUCAAAGAUUACAAUGAUGAUCACGAAGUAGACGACGACUUUUACGUAUACGAGCAUGGUUACUGUUACAGUCAAGGACAAUUGGCGCUUGCUAUUGUAUUGACUAUUGUUUGUAUGCUGUUGCUCAUAUUGUUGGCGAAAUGUUGCAGUAUGCGGAGAAAAGGCGGGUAUGCGAGAUAUAAAGCGCAAAACGAUUCUAAUUCUCAAUUAGACAUGGACAUGUAGUCCGUCGACCACUCUUUUCAUUUGAGUUUGUAAACAGGGUAAGAAUACAACGUCCAUUUUUAAAUGGACGGAAAUACUUAUUCUUCAUGCAUUGUUUUCUGAGAUUGUUUUUUGUUGAAUGUGAUUGUUUUAAAACAUGAAUUUUAUAUAUGUAUAUACAGAAUGUUAUUCUCAAUUAUUUAGUGAUUUAUUAUGAAAUUUUCUAUUGAUUGUUAUUGUUUGCCAAUGAUAAUAUCAUAAAUAAAUUUAGAAAGACAGCAGA